AUGACAAAUGCUGUUUUAGAUGAUCAAGGUGACACAUGCUUUGUAACGGACAGUGUUUGUGAUCAGUUUGAAAUUGAAGGACCUGAGACUGUGAUUGAGUUAGGAACAAUGCAUGCAGUAGAAGAUAUCCGAACAAAGAAAAUUAGCGGUCUUAUUGUUUCAUCGGAAGAUAAGUCACUAGAUGUACCCUUACCAAAGGCUUAUUCCGGAGAAAAUAUUCCAGCACGUCGAGAUCAGAUCCCUAGAGUAGAAAUGGCGAUCAAUUGGAGUCAUAUGAGUCCAAUUGCCAAUGAAAUACCAGAAUAUCGUGAUGAUCUCGGUAUUGGUCUCCUAAUUGGAAACGAUUGUGUCGAACCUAUCAAACCACGUGACGUUAUUCCCGGGAAACCUCAAGACCCGUAUGCUAUUACAACUGUAUUCGGUUGGGGCUUUAUUGGAGUAACAAACCCUGUUGAUCACCGCGAAUGCCAGUCAGACGGAACUAGAAUGCAUUGA